CAGUCCUAAGUUACUUUGCUACCUUCUGUUCUCUUUCUCUCUUCUCCUUUUUUUUACUUUGUUGACAGCCCUAGUAGGGGCCUUUUGUUACCACCCCAGCCAAUGAAAGCAUUUUACGACAGAGAACAGUUGGGAUAUAAAAAGGAGUCCCUUUGCCUAGUGCAUGAUCUGUGGUUGCCUACCCCUCCCCUUUAGAGACCUGCAGAAGGCAGCUGUCCUCUGUGCAGCAGCAAAAGCCUACAGCCAGCAGCCCCACUCUGGACAUUCACAAGUGAAGAAAUGCUGCCUCAGCUGUGUCCUCUGUUCCUCUGCAUGCUUGUCCUGUCAAUGGAGUUCUCCAAAAGCAAAGGAGAGGCUAUCCAGCAGAAGGGAUCUCUGCAGGUGGAGCUCACAUUGGGAGAGAGUGAGGAGCAGGAUUGCCCCGUGUGUACGUGGAGGAAACACAGCAAAGAAAUGAGAUUGGAGAGCAUCAAAUCUCAGAUCCUGAGCAAACUUAGGCUGAAAGAAGCCCCAAACAUCUCCCGGGAAAUAGUGAACCAGCUGCUGCCUAAGGCACCCCCUCUUCAGCAGAUACUGGAUCAGCAUGAGUUUCAGGGAGACUCUUUCCAGCACAACACUUUCCUGGAGGAGGAUGAGUACCAUGCCACUACAGAGACUGUCAUAAGCAUGGCACAGGAAACUGACCACGCAGUAAGAAUAGAUGGGAACCCACACUGCUGCUACUUUAACUUCAGCCCAAAGAUAAUGUUCACCAAGGUGGUAAAAGCACAACUCUGGGUAUAUUUGCGGCCUGUUCAGCAUACCUCCACAGUGUACCUUCAGAUCCUACGUCUUAAGCCUGUGACUGAAGAAGGGAGCAAACACAUCCGUAUCCGCUCCCUCAAGAUUGACCUGCACUCCCGCUCAGGCCACUGGCAGAGUAUUGACUUCAAACAUGUACUGCAGAACUGGUUCAAGCAGCCACAUAACAACUGGGGCAUUGAGAUUAAUGCCUUCGACCCUAAUGGAAAUGACCUGGCUGUUACCUCUCUAGGACCAGGGGCGGAGGGACUGCACCCCUUUAUGGAGCUACGUGUUAUGGAAAACAAUAAAAGAUCACGGAGGAACUUGGGGCUUGAUUGUGACGAACAUUCCACGGAAUCCCGCUGCUGUCGCUACCCACUUACUGUAGACUUCGAAGCCUUUGGCUGGGACUGGAUUAUUGCCCCCAAACGCUACAAAGCCAACUACUGUUCUGGCCAGUGUGAAUACAUGUUCAUGCAGAAGUAUCCGCACACUCACCUUGUGCAACAAGCCAACCCAAGGGGUUCUGCUGGGCCAUGCUGUACCCCUACCAAAAUGUCCCCCAUUAACAUGCUGUACUUUAAUGACAAGCAACAGAUAAUUUAUGGCAAAAUUCCAGGUAUGGUUGUUGACCGAUGUGGCUGCUCUUAAGAUGCUGAACGCUGCCUACUCACCCUCAAAUCCUCUUUCUCUCAAGGGUACAAGCAGACCAAAAUUUUGGGACUGGGGAUAGUGGAGUAUAAGCCUUCAAUGUCCCUUUCCCCAUACAGGUUAAGAUAGAGACUUAUCACUCUUUGCAUUUCAUUUCUGCUUAUAGUUCAGCUCUUGCCCCUUGCAAUAACCUGUGUCAUGUAUUAAUUAUAGAACCCAGAGAGUUGGGUCCCUAAACAAACAAUACCAAAAGCAAGAAAUUAAACAGCAUCUCACACCAGGGUGUGCCAUAUUGCACUAAGAAUCACAGGCCAGCCUUUUUGCAAAAUCCAACUUAUUGUGCAAAUCAUUCUUCCUAUGUAAAAAGAACUGAAAUAAGCAUGGAAGAUUUUUGUUCAUUUUAAUCAUUUUAAAGGCAUUUCUAGUCCAAAAGCAGCAUUAAACAGCUGUCAGAUGCAAAAGAGCCAAAAGUGUCAGAUGUUUUGUACUCGACAGCUGUUUCCUUUACAGUGCCCAAACCAUUGUACAUAAACCAUGUAGUGAUGUAGUGCUUUCAAUAUGUCACACUCUGGUCCAGUUGGUUGCAUUCAUUCACUUGCACUUGUGCACAUCACCACUCACACUAUUUUUCAUGGCCUUUUGCUUAAUAAUCACUGGAGUUUCCUCCCCUUAAUCAAUGUGCCUCGCCCCUCAGACGGGACAGCAAAAGAAGAUCAGGAAUAUUUUGGGAAGAAAUUGGAUGUAUCUUGUGCUUUGUGCAAUAAACAAAAUGCAACACAAAUAAUGAACACAAUAAAAAGCCCUAUUAAGUCUCACUAUGGGUUUUAUAACAUAAUGCCUUUCUGCUCUUACAGUGUAUGGGCUGCUGACAUAUCUGUGGCAGGGACAUACUUAUAGCUCACUUAGAGAUAAAAUAACAAAUACUACAUGGGGGUUCCCUGGGCUGGUUCUAGACUGGGACAAAUAUGGCAGUUUCUCUUGCCAGCUAUUCCUUGGUAAAGGUAGAAAUGACUUAUAAUUACUUAGUAUAGUAAUCGUUAGAUAAUGUUUUAUCUGUAUCAGAUGUGUCUUUUAACCAUCUGUUGUUGAACUGCAGCCUUCAGCCUCUGAAUGCUGUUGGGGCCACAGUUUCUAAGUGUGUUUUAAAGUUUUCUUAAAGGGGAACUGUCACUAUCAUAAAAAGUCCAUUAAAAUGUAGCAGGUGGUUAAUAAAUCUGUUUCCCAAAUAGUCUUUAUUAUUUUUCUUACAAUUGUUUAUAUAUUUAACAAUUUACCUGUGAGUUCCUCGAUCUCUUUUCAGCUGUAACCAACACACUCAUGCUGUGUAUUGCUGACAGGUUUCACCUGCUGUAACACAUUCUAACAUGCUGCAUUGCUACAUUGUUUGCAGCAGGAAAAGACUUUGAGGAAGCACACUAAUAAAACAUUUAUAUCUCAAAAUCUAAGAAAACAAUAAUAAACCCUAUUUGUAUAAAGGGAUUACUAAUAUUCUACUAGAGUCUGGCCGCAUGUUUUUAUCAACUGUUCCCUUUCAUUUUAGUGGACCCAUUCCAUUCUUCUUAUGUAGCCUUGGGUCUCUCAUUUCUGAUGCCAGCCCUGGGGAUUCUAUGAAACAGUUCUACUGCAAAGAGUUUCAUCCUGUAAAACCUGAAAGAUCUAACAUAAGGUCUCGCUAUAAUAUUAUUAAUGGGGUGCAGUGAGCAAGAACAAUUAGGCAAAUCGUUUAUACACAUGGUAUUGAGGCUUCUCAGGGAUUGGGCUAUCGCCAGGUCUGAGUAAGGUUCAUUAUAACUUAUCUUGUUUUCAUGGAACUGGGUAUUUGUCAUAAAGAACGAACACCAUAAAUAUCAUAGAACCUCUGUAUGCCCCUCUUUUUUUGCUGUCAAAACCGGUGCAGUAAUUUGUUGAUCAUUUAGAAUCAUCCAUGUCUUCAUUUGUUUUAGUUACAUCACUUACUCCCUGUCUUGUACAAUGCAGUGGCAUUGAAAAUCUCAUUUUUAAGUUUAUUUUCAUUCUGUGGGAUUUUGCAAUCAUAAUUCCAUCAGAAAAGAGAAAUUGCCCAAAUGUGAUUCUUCUUUCCCCAAACCACCAGCCAACACGCAGCAUUUGUGUGCCUCUCGUAGGCAGUUCCCAGCAGCUUCAUAGUGAUAAGUUUAUUGCAAACCAACUAGUUGUAGGGUGUGCAUUCAUCUUGUGUUUGCUAAGAAGAGGUGAGUACAUUUUCUGUUUAUAUUAGAGAGCUAAAAAAGAAAUUUCAUCCUGUCAUAUUAAUGGCCACUUGGUGCUGGUGACACUCAUUUGUCUGCUAUACUCUAUUGGGCACAAUAAAUUAUAUAUUUUGUGAGCUCUCCCUCUGUGUUAAAUAGCUAAUGGGUGUAAUUGCAACACUAGCCUUCAUGUGUUGUGCCGAAACUACACCUAACACCAGCCUAUUCCUAUAUAAGAACGUACAGCAGCUGCACAAGCUUUUUUGUUGGGUAACAGAACAUUCAAGUUGAAACUUGAAAUUUGGGAAAAUCAAUGUAAAGUAUUUUAUUUUCCAAUGCAAACAUCUUCUUUUGAAACCACACAAGUAUAUUACUCUGAGGGAUUAUCUUUUUGCCACCGAUAAAGGAAAUAUUUUGAAAAACUGCAGAUAUAGUUCAGAUAUCUUGAAUUUUGUAAAGACAGGAAAACUUUUAUAUAAAUAUUUAUUGUUACAAGAUAUUCUGUAUUCAUGUAGAGAGUGAAACAUUUUAUGAACUGUAUGCCUUUAAAAGGGGAACUGCAUUUAAAAGCAGAUUUUAUUAUGUUGUGGGAAUAGCAAAAAGGAGCAUAGUUCUACUCAGUAAAUUCAAAGCCCUUAACCAUUAAUGAGUUAUAUGUCAGUCUUUCACCCCUUCAGCAUAGCCCACUAAAAAACAAAACAAAAUAUGAACUUUUCUCCAGCCAUUACAUGUUUAAAUCUCCAAUAGCAAAAUUUGGUGCAUUUCUAAGGUGAGAAGCAGGGAGACAUAAACUGUAAAUGAAGGCAAAGCAGCAGAGUAUGGAGUGUUGUAAAUUGGGGAAGAGAUUUAGAAUGCGCUUAGGGGAACGGAGAGCCUGUUGCAGAUUCAUAAGGAUGGUUGGGGAAGGAACCUGGGUUCAGAGGUCCACAGUGAGGGGCAGAUCUUUGGAAAGCUCUACAUACAAACUAAAAAUCAUUGGAUCUGCUGUAGCAAGUCACAAUUUCACCUGCUCUUAUUAAAUGCUCACCCUUCCCUGUGAGGGCCUGUAUUAUUUGCUUACAUUUAGUAUUGCCUAUAGUAUUUUAUUACAUUUUGCUGGGAUUCCUGUCUUAAUUUGUCCUUGUAAGGGCUACACUAAACUACAAAUCACUCUGUAAAGCUUCCUGAAUAAUUCCCAAAAUGGAUCUCCCCUAAGCAGCAUAUUAAGCAGAGGCAAGAGAUGUUCAUCAGAUUCAAUUUGUUCAUCUCCUUCUCCUUUCACUAAAACUAUUAUUUUUAAUAUCAUAACAACUGUCAGAUAGUAAAGAUAAGUCUUUUAUGGUAGAUUGAGCAAAACUAUUAUAAUCAUACAAGUUGUAGGAAUCGGUAGACUUUUCAGACAUAGUUAUUUAGUUAAGAAAGAUGACACGGGUCCGCCAUUUCAGAUGAUUCCAAAUUAACCGCCCUGGCUCCAGAGGAUUUUUUCUUUAGUGAUUAAAUAAUGCUAAAAUAAUCUCUUUUGUUUGGCAAGGGCACCAUUUGCACUACAGAAGAUCUUUGGAAGAGUGGAAGAAUUGAUGCUAUUUUUGUUUUCUAUUUGUCCAGCAGGCUCCAGACUUGAAGGGACGUUUUGUCCAGCCUUUAAAUAUAUAUUUAAUUUAGGAGAUACUGCACUGUCAGCUUUCAUAUUCCAAGAUUUGUUCAUUGCACUGUCAUCCACCCUAGUAUGUGUAUAUCUGGGAUGGCUAGAGGUACAGAAGUAGUCUCAUCUGAACACUUUGUCUGCCCUCUCUCCACUCGUGUUUUUGUGUGAUUAGGGAGACUUAGCGUAACAAUAUUCAUAUUAGGGGUGGGAGUUCUGUGUUGAAAGGUUGCCACAGAGGGGAACUAGAACAAAGCCUGCGAUCAGGCUACAACGUCCCCAUGCCAAAUACUAAUUAAGCACUAUUCUAAGUGCAAAGCCUCCACAAACUUCAUGUAACGUUGUGCCAUUGUGUUUCGAGAGCAAAGGCAUGAGGCUUCAGCAGCCUAGAAGUGCACUGCAACCAGGCGCUGCCUGUCUGGAAGUUGUGUGGCAUUCUAUAAAGAAGGCAGUCCCAAAAGAGAAGCAUCUCCUGCUUAGGAACAAGCAUUAAAUGUGAGGUCAAAUGUUAUGAAAUUGAUGUUGCUUUUGCUUAAAGGAAAAAUGCCUUGAAGAUUUUUGUUUGUUUGUAUGAUGGGGAGGAUUUGGUGCUGUGAAUGCUCUCACUACACAGAUCUGUUACUAUUGCUUGUUUGAUGAAAUAAAUGAUGUAGUUAUUUGUGUGGUUUUAGCAAUACUCUCUGUGCUCACAUACACUGUGACAAUGACCAAGACGUUUAGUUUUAUUCUCAGCUUGGAAAAUGGGGUUUGUCAGAAGGUGACUAUUUCCAGUAUAUAUCACACUCCUACCACCUCCUAUUAAUCACGCAUGAUAAUGCAACAUACUGCUUGCAGAAUUACAGAAUACUGGAGACAAUACAAUUACAACAAUACUUGACUGAUAUGUAUGUUUUUAUCAAAUCCCAAAGCAAAUUUUAGGAGAAACAGUGACUUUUCCCCAUACCAAAACCAUACAAAACAAAAGUAGGGGUAAAAAAAAUAAAAAAAAAAUAUCUGAAAUAUUGAAGAAAUAAUGAACUUGCUUGGCCAAUUUCAAUGAAAACUGGAGAGUUGUUAAUUUCUUUCCAUCUCCACCCGCAGGUUUCUUUGGCAUCAAAAGGACAAUACAUAUCCAUGUUUAACAUGCACAAAAUACAUAGGGCUUAUGCUGAAAACUCAUCCUGCCUGACUCCACAACUGCUACUGAUACAGUCAUAACAGACCACUGUUUUGUUUUAUCCUCUUUUAUCCUCUCCUCCUGUCAGGCCCAAGAUCUCUAGGCUCUUACAAAUAUCAGAGGUGCUGCUGAAAGAUGCCAUAGACAGUCGUUAUUUAUCAGGCCCAUGGAGGCUGUUUGGGCCUCUCUGUACCUGAAAUGCCAAGGCCUAUUUUGAUUUUCACUCUGGACCUCCCUCCCACCCCCUGGUACCAUCAGAGUUUGUUUAAUAGUUAACUGCAUAGAAGCUCAAGCUAUAGCCUCCCACUGAGCUACCAAGCUGUUGGGCUCUUUUUGUUUGAAAAAACUAGUCUAGUGGGAAAAAAAUUGAGAAGUUUACAAGUGCUGCCCAUAUAUAGUAAGUAAAAACAACCUGCACUAAUUUAAAAAACAUUUUUUUUAUUUUGGGCAUGGGUAAUCUUCCCUAAACAAGUCACCAGUGUUGUUCUUUUGGCAUUCUUCCCUAAAAUGCCAGAUUGCCAACUCCUUUUGCUGCCAGAAUAGCCCUAAAGCAGAGCCUCAAUUUUGCUUUAUACUUGAUCAGAACUCUGGUGGCUUUUUCACAUUUUCAUCACUUCUUCAUAUAGCCACAUGGCCAGCAUUAAGCCAAAGUGUACUGGAAUUGGCCAUCUAACUAAACAAAACCAGAAGCCAUAUUUGCCACAUAGCAAAGUGCACACAGAAGCCAGGCUAUGAAAGGUAUUUCUCACAUUUGUGCUCUUAGACUCCAAGAUUGCCGAAUGCACAAACUAGGCACAGAACGUUCUCUUCCUAUCUCUGACUACGCUGGUCAUUUGCACAAUGUUAGAUUUUGUCUCUGCACCCUUCCUGGUUGAUUUCCAGUUGGGAUGUUUUCUACAUAUAGAUUUCCAGCAAUGUUAGUCAGUUUGCUGAUCUCUCGCUGUUAUUUUACUUCUUUAGUAAGUUGAAAUACUGUACCACUUUCCCCUCACCCAAACUUGUUUCAUUCGUUACCCAUGCUGGGCACAUGGAGUCCCCAAGUUUCUUCCUUUAAUAGAAACAUGAAGUGAGGUGCAUACCUGGUUCUAAACUAUUUUUUGGUCAGGAAGCUAAUUCCCGUAAGGGAAAAAGUAUGAAAACUCAAUAUAACAGUAAUGUUGUAUUAAUUUUGUGCAAAAACUCUUUCUCAUUGGGUUGCUUUAUGAGCUGUGAAUCUGCCCGGCAUGGUUAGUAAAUAUCCCCUACUUGGUUUUAUACUGUAAACAUUGGGUCCCCAAGAAUAAAAGUGAGGUAUAUAACUGGUUCUAAACCAAUUUUUGGGUCAAGAAGUUAUGGUUUUAAUUAUGCACCCCUAAGGGAAAAGCAUAAGAUAUAACAGUGACGCUGUAUUCAUUUAGUGCAAAAACUGGGGUUUGGUAAAACUUUCUCAUUGGGUUGCUUUAUGAUCUGCUCGGCAUGGUUACUAAAUAUCCCCUACUUGGUUUUACUUAUUUAUUCUUGUAAAUUCUGAUUAACAUAUUAUGAAUGCAUGUGAUUUAUUGUAACGGUAUCUGCUCCAGUGACUUCUCCUGCAGGUGUAUGAAGAUUUCCCAUCAAUUUGCACUUAAUAGAAAUGUUGACUAUGUGCCUCCUUUCAAUAAUAGAAUUACCUUCUGUUAAUUAGGCUACAUAAUGAUCCACUAACAUGUUGGACCACAGUCACUGAAUACCUAAGACCAAUACAUCGUCUGGGUUGUGUCGGCAAGAUGAGCUUUAUGGACUAUAUAGUAAAAUAACCAUGACACAAUAGGUGGAAGCGUGUGCUUUUACCACAUUCUUUAUCUCCCAACCAUACAAAUGGAUCUUUAGCUUUUCCAUUGUAUCAGAGAUAAAUGAACUAGGAGGUUCCCUCUGUAUGGAUGAAAUGAAGGUAUUAGGAUACUAGUGGCAGACAUGCUGUGUGUUCUCACAGUUACAGUUAGGCUCCAUGCUUUAUGGUUGUUACCAAGAUGGUAUGCAACAUUCAACUGUUUCCAGACUAACAUUUUUAUAUGGAUUAUCAGCUUUUGAGAAGAGAGUUACUUCGCCAUUGCUGAAUGAUAAUUCCCUGAUAGGGAUAUUACUGUUUUUUUUAUCACCAUGGGAUCAGAGACAUAUUGUGCUUUAUUCCAAAAAAAAAUGUUUACAUAUCCAGCGUUCCAAACUGAAGGAUAGCAAGAGACAUUGACCACAAUGGCUGUUCUUUGCCAGCAAUGAAAAUUUGUUUUAUGCUUUCCAUGAAUCCCUGCCUGGCUUUUCUGCAGGGACUUCUCAAUCAUCCGACUGCAAACCAUCAGGAUGGGCUUUUUCAUGGUUCUGUGCAAUCCCUGCAAGAAGACCUAACGAGUUCUAGUUACAUACCUGCCUGAACCCAGUUGCUUUUGAAAAAAAUACAAUUAUGUGGCAUCAAGUAAUAAGCUUCAUGUAGAGCUUUAUAGAAUUUAAGAAAAAAAAAUAACAUGCUUUUCAGCUCUUCAUAAUUUGUAUAAAUCGUGUUAAUCUGUAAUUUGUUUUAGUAUAUGUGAUACUGUACAUUUCUUACAUCCUUGCACCAGCUCCUCCAUUUUUUAUAGACUUUGUUUUGUACAAUAAAAAAAACAUGAAUAUAACCUUA